ACAGUGUAAUACUAAUAAUAGUAACAAUGAUAUUAUUAUUAUUAUUAUUAUUAUUAUAUACUUUUAUUAUCUUACAAACAUACGGCAAAUAUAUACCAUAAUGAUGACUAUAUUAGAUGCACUAACGAAAAAUAAAAAGCUAAAAUGAAGCAAGAAAGAUAUUUCAAGUGAUUUGUGUCAUGUAUGUAAUUGAAGUAUAUAUUUUGAUUCUGACAAGUAAACCUCAGUAAUAACCACAAUUUUAAUAUUCAAGGGCCAUAAUUAGCCAGAAAUAAAAAUUGGUGGCUUUCUUUCUUUUCACUUUCCUACAUGUUAAAGUCCAUUUUGUGGUGCAAAGCCAAUUAUUUCAUCAGUUGAUAUAUAUCUUCUUCUUUCCUACUUUCUCUAGAUUUCCUUUUCUGAUAUUCUUUUGAUAAACUAGCUAGAUAUAUAGAGCUGAAAUUUCCAUGGAUGAAACUAGAUGUCGUGGCUCGAACGAUGAUCCAAGAACUUGCCCACGAGGCCACUGGAGGCCUGCAGAAGACGAAAAACUCCGACAGAUCGUCGAAAAAUAUGGCCCUCAAAAUUGGAAUUCCAUUGCUGAAAAACUCCAAGGAAGAUCAGGGAAGAGUUGCAGAUUGAGAUGGUUUAACCAACUUGAUCCAAGAAUAAAUCGACGGCCGUUCUCGGAGGAAGAGGAAGAAAGGCUCCUUGCAGCUCAUAGAAUACAUGGAAACAAAUGGGCUUUAAUUUCAAGGCUUUUUCCUGGUAGAACUGAUAAUGCUGUGAAAAACCAUUGGCAUGUGAUUAUGGCAAGAAAGCAAAGAGAAAAAUCCAAGCUUUCUGGAAAAAUUAUUAGAGCCCAUAAUCAAGAUCAUGAUGCUAAUCCUCCCACUAAUUACAUUUUCCGGCAAAGGAAUUCAAGGCUUCAAGAGAAGUAUGGUUCCAAAAUCAGCUUCCAAAAUGGUGGGAUUAAUUUCGAAGAUUCAAAAAGCCAAAGCAAGGACAAAAUCUUCCCUUUGUGUUCCUUCUCUGGCUGGCCUAAUAGUUUAUCACCUUACUCUUCUGAUCCACGUGGAAGAAGAAAAAGAGGUUAUAAUCAUCAAAGCAAAUUCUCCAUAUUUAGCCCCUACCAUGACUCAAUUGAGGCCAGAAUUGGUAAGACCGCGGUUUCAAACAUCUUCAAUUAUUCGUCACGUGGUGGGGAGGGGUCGUACCAAUUUGGCAUGACGCGGACGAGUGCAGAUGGAUUGCUUGAGGAGAAAUCCAUCGAGAGGAAAGACGUCCCGUUCAUAGAUUUUCUUGGUGUGGGAAUCUCUUCUUGAUCGAUAUUUAUGUUAUGAGUUUGAUUAGGGUUUGUUGGAAAGAGGAAUUUUAUGGCGGCAAAAUCGACAUUAAUUAGGGUUACAAAUUGUUGUGUUGUUUGCAUGGAUAUGCAUUUUGGUGUGGUGUAGAUUGGAAGAUCUAAGAUAUAGGUGAUGUAUAAGUAUAACUGACUAUGAUGAGUGGGUUAGGGUUGUAGACAAAAUCUUGUUAAGUUAGCAAUGAAUUUAUUAGUGUAGUGAUAAUGGUAGGGUUUGAGUUAUGUUAGUAGCUACUACAUAUUUUGGAUGAUUUUAGAUUGUAUGAUUAUAUCAAGCCUAUGGAUCUGUGGGGUUUUGUGUAUUGUUUUCACUUGGUUUGAGUUUUAAUUAUAUUUUGAAGGAAUGAGGAAAUUAGGUA